UAACCUAAGCCGCCCCUCAUUCACGCCUGCCUCUCUCAGACUCUCCCUCUCGUUUUCUCCAGAAACUCAACAUCUCUCUCUCGUCUUAGUAUUCUGCACGUCAGGUAUCUCUCUCUCUCUCUAAUUGUCGUCGACGACUCGACGUCGUUUUCUCUGCAACCGGCGUCGUUCUGCUCGUGCAUAAUCUGUUCGACGUCGGGGGUCUGUCCUUGUCUGAUUUCGGGGGUCUUGCAGUUCGACAGCUUGGUCUUCUCAGGCGAGGUCAGUGUUGGCCGGUGGGUGUGUUCAGAUUUCACUGGUGAUCGACAUUCCUGUAGAAUCUGGGUCUCUUGCAUGGCCGGCAGGGCCUAGACAAGUUGGGUUGGGUUUCGUCUCGGGUCUGGUUGAGCGUAGAAGAUAGAAUUGGUUGAGCACGAGGGCUAGGGAAAUUGGUUUACGAAUUUUAAAAUUGGAAACCAAUUUAAAACCUUAAAACCCUUAAAACCCUUAAAACCUCUUUCAUCAUAAAACCUUAAUACCCUGACCUUUCAAUCUAAAGAAGACACUAGUGAAGUUAGGUUUGGCUAAACAUGCAGCACGACGAGGUCAUAUGGCAGGUAAUCAGGCACAACCACUGCAGUUUCAUGGCCAAAAUUGAAACCGGGAAAUUCUGUAGAAACCCGUAUAAUGUGACCGGGAUUUGUAAUCGGAGCUCGUGCCCUCUCGCCAAUAGUCGCUAUGCCACCAUUCGCGACCAUGACGGAGUCUUCUAUCUUUAUAUGAAAACCAUAGAAAGAGCUCAUAUGCCAAACAAAUUGUGGGAGAGAGUUAAGUUGCCCAGGAAUUAUGAGAAGGCACUUGAGAUUAUAGACAAACACCUGAUGUAUUGGCCGAAGUUUCUUGUACACAAAACAAAGCAACGAUUGACCAAGAUGACUCAAAUGCGGAUACGCAUGAGGAAGCUUGCUUUGAAAACAAGGGAGAAAAUAAUGACAACACCAAGGAAGGAGAAAAAAAGAGAGUCUAGAAGAGAAGAGAAGGCUGAAAAGGCAGCAGCACUGGAUAAGAGUAUUGAAAAAGAACUCUUGGAACGUCUUCAGCAAGGAGUUUAUGGUGACAUAUACAACUAUCCUGUUAAAGAGUAUAACAAGGUUCUUGAUAUUGAAGAGGGGCAGGCUGUGAGUGAAGAUGAAGAUGAGAUGGAACAUGAGAUAGAAUAUGUUGAGGGUUAUGAUGAACUUGAAGAGGAAGAUGAUAUAGAAGAUUUUGGUGAUAUUGCAAUUGCUCAGUCUCAUGCGAAUUACGACAAUGUUGGAAUGGAUGCAGAUGAAGAAGACAUUGAGCCAGUUGCUAGCAAGAGAGUGAGGAAGGAAACUGCCUUGGCUUCAGGAAAGCUUGAUAAAGGUGAACCUGGUGCAAAAUUGAAGAAGAGAGCAAGGGUGCUUGUUGAGGUUGAGCAUGAAGAUGCUGAUGAAAGACAAAAGGCUGUCCACUAAGUGUGCUUGUAGCAUAUUGCUUUAUUUGUUUGACCUGUAAACCGGAUAAUGGCAGAGAUAUCAUUCAAAGCUCAGUCCACAGCGAGGGAAAGUUGCUAAAGAGGAUGCAAUUUUGAUAGCUGAAUAGAAAAAAAAAAUUGAUAGCUGAAUCUUGAUUACGGUUGAAAGAUUUUCUUAAUCUUGAUUUCCUCUAGUUUUAUUAAUUAUUACUGGUUUCCUCUCUCUUUGGGAGAUGGGGCUGUACAAGAGUGCAAGAGUGGAGACUUGAAGUAUUUCUGGUCCCAGUUUUUUGUUUU